AUGAGGCGUGGAGUACCGCGCGGCGUUCGGGCUCGAGCUGGCUUGCGGGUCUUCCUUCUUGCCGCACUUCUCACCUGUUGUGCUGCUGAGCACACGCCAUGUGUCGACUUCCUGCUGUUCAACUCAAGAAACAGUUGCACAGCAGCACCUAACAGCACACUAUACAGAGACGCUAUUCGGCAAUACGUGGACUGCAACCAGCUGGAUAAUGCGACCCAGGGUUUGGAGCUGGACUUGCUGGUCAGCGCCCCAGUGCUGUUGCCGACUGCCGUGCUGGCUCGCUUCAAAACCGAGACCGGCUGGACAGUCCAUGUGACGCCGUGGGAUGUCACCAGCAGUAGCGGCAACGCCGCAACCUCAGCGACAUCACUCGGGUUUGACGUCACUUCCGACUGGCAGCAGCAGCUCGUACUGUCGUACGAUGCAUGGAUUCUGGAUUCGGAGCUCCUGGGUGGUCUCGUGCAGAGAGGUGCCGUUGCGCCGCCAGCACCGCUGCUCGACACUGCAGCAUUUGUUGAGAUCCAGGCUACGGCACAGCCGCAGCAAUUGAUUGACGCAGCGGCGGCUGUCAACGGUACGGAUUUCGACGGCGACGGUGUAGUCGAGUACGGCAUAUGCCUCGAGGUCGCUCCAGCUGCCUUGAAGACAGCUCGAUCGGGUUGCUAG